AUGCCUGCCACGCACGUCGUACCCAUCACGGCCGAAAAGGUGUACUUAGUGACCAAGAAUGGCGUAGAAAAAUCCGCCCACGUCCUGCAAAGACGCGAUGGCGAGGUAUACGUGCACUACCUGGACACCGACAAACGGCUGGACGAAUGGGUGAAGGAAUGGCAAUGCAGACUGGAUGAAUCCCAACCACAAGCAUUGUCUGAACCGACGAGCAGGAAGCGCAAACGAGGGUCUCACAGCUCUGAGCCUUCGUCUUCCCGUCGCGUCUCAGCCACCCCGGACGGCGGUAUUGAUGAAGAAGACGGGACAACACAGCUUGCGGAGGUCGUCAUGACGGAAGAGGACUUCGACUUGCAGCACCAUAAGCAAAUCAACUCCCAGAAGAAUUUCGACACGAUCAUUUUCGAAACCUGGAAGAUAACGCCCUGGUACUUUUCACCGUAUCCUUUAACCGAGAGCGAGGUGGACGAGGUUGUUCCUGUGCCUUCAAAUCAGCCCUCGCAGAAGAUUCCUGGGGUGGCACGAGCUACGGCAAGGUCGCAUGGACGGACGUUAGAUCUGCUGGCGGGCGGUCUCACAAGGCAAAACGCGGUCAACCCGACUCUAUGGGUCUGCCACUUCUGCUUCAAGUAUAUGGUCGACGGUAUUCCUUGGGAGCUGCAUAAAAAAGACUGCAAGAUGAAACACCCACCGGGGCGGAAAGUGUAUCAAAGAGGAGCUCACACUAUAUGGGAGGUAGAUGGGGUCAAAGAAAAGCUGUAUUGCCAAAACUUGUCACUUUUUGGAAAAUUAUUUAUUGACGUUAAGACUCUAUUUUUUGAUUGCGAUAACUUCCUUUUUUACAUUCUUACCGAUGCCAAGUCGUCGGAAGACCACAUUUUGGGUUUUUUCUCCAAGGAGAAACUGUCCUACGAUGACUACAACCUAGCAUGCAUUAUGACGCUUCCUCAAUACCAAAGAAAGGGUUAUGGGAUGCUGUUGAUUGAAUUCAGCUAUGAACUAUCACGCAGAGCUGGGAAAGUUGGCAGUCCAGAACGGCCAUUAUCUGACCUUGGACUACGGAGCUAUCUCGCGUAUUGGGUCUCGACAAUAAUCCGCUUCUUAAGGCGGGUGUUAUCAGUCCUCCCUCCAGACGUCGUUUCUUCGAAGAAUGAAAACACGUUCCCGCACAUGAGGGACGAUAUUCCAGGAUAUAUCUCAGGACAAGUUGAAAGGGUUCACGUAAAGCAAAAGAAGAAGUCCAAAGGCUUCGACGGCGAGGUCUCUGGAACGAAUUCGGAAGCCGCGCUGUGCAUGACGCCCCUUCAGUCGAUUCAAGAUCCGGUCUUCACCACCAAGCGUGUAUUCGAAACAACGCCGAACGAACAUGGUGGUGCAGACACGAACAUCAAGGUUGAGUGCACUCUACAGGACAUCGCGAAAGCGACGAACCUCCGCAUCGACGAUGCAGCCUUCGCCAUGCAUGAAUGUGGCCUCCUGAUGCGCCGGAUGAGCAGGACAGAGGAGAAUGAUACAAUCGUCAUCACGCGGUCGUUGGUUGAGAAAGUGGCCAAGGAGAGGAAGGUUAAGAUUAUGUAUCUGGACUUAUCUCUAUUGUUGUAA